AUGGGCACCCAGGGACCCUACUGCUCUUACAAGCUGUUGGACAUCACUCCAGCCAAGACCAUCCUGGUGUACCGCAACGGAGACAAGUUCUACGUGGGCAAGAAGUUUGUGAUCAAUCGCAAGCGGGUCCCCAAUUUUGAAGCCUUGAUGUCUCAGUUGAAUGAGAAGGUGGCAGUACCCUUCGGAGUGAGGCGGCUCUACACGCCUUGUCAUGGACAUCUGGUCCAGGAACUGGAGGAACUACAGCAAGGGGGCAGAUAUGUAGCAGCUGGGAGAGAAAGGUUCAGGAAACUGGAUUAUUGCCACAUAGCUCCUCGAAAAGUUACAAGGAUGAAAAAAGUCAAAGAAAUCAGACCAGUUGUGCACAGUGACAUGGUUGUGCCUUCUAGGUGGCAAACAUCCCAUCGAAAGCCACGCCAUAUAAAUGUUUUCACAAAUGGGAAUCUAUUCAUUCCACCUGCAAAAUUAAUUAUACCCAGAUUCACUCUAUAUGAUUGGAAUAAUGUCCUGGCCGUGAUUGGAGAAAAAAUUCAUCCCACCUCAGGGGGUGUGCGAAGACUGUAUACAAUGGAUGGACUUCUUCUGGAUGGCUCAAAUGACUUGAUUGACCACCAUUACUAUGUUGCAUCAGGACUGGAGCCCUUUAAACAUUUACCCUACCGGGAAACACAGAAGGUUCCUCAAGACAUCAAAGAAAGGUAUGCUGAAUUUGAAAAGAUCCCAAGAAGAAAGAGAAAAGAAUUAAAAGAAGAAAUAGAUCAUCACACAUAUGAAGAAAUACUACAUCAGAGGGAGAACUCAGUAUAUUAUGCAAAAAUAGACCAGAAGCCAAGUUAUACAGAGCCUUUAACUCUACGUAGUGCAGAAGGCGAUGUGUUUCAAGCACGCACCCCCAGACAAGAAAUUCAAGGAGCUCUGUAUGUGAAAGAUGACAACAAUGUGCAAAUAGACUUGCCUGUUGAUCAGAGACCAGCUGAAGAGAUUAAAGAUGAUGAAGAUAUUUUUGACAUAAUCAGUCACCUUGAUACCAAGGAAACAGAAGAAGAAAAAGCAUAUGAAGAGAUUGAAAGAAAGGGAAACAAAAAAAGAUGGCCUUUAAAGAUGUUUGGCUUUUUUUCCAGACCAAAAGUCAAAGGUAUGUUAUGUAGAUGUUAA